AUGGCGGACGAAUCAAUGAACACAAAUUUAGACGCCAAUGGCGAACUGGUAGCUGUCAUUUUCGGAGUCACCGGGUUGGUCGGAAAAGAGUUGGCCAAAAUGCUUCUCUCAACCGCUGGCUGGAAAGUCUACGGCGUCGCACGGCGGCCGGAUAAUAUCAGCCCCAUCUCCGAUCCCAACUUCCACUUCAUCUCUUGCAAUUUGCUCGACCGCCGUUCGGCUCACCUGAACCUCUCACCCCUUCGCCACGUCACCCACAUGUUCUGGAUCACUUGGGCCGCCCAGCUCCGGUUCGACUCCCAGGAUUGCUCCGACCAGAACAAGGCCAUGUUGGCGAACGCCCUCGAUGCUAUUCUCCCGUCGGCGCUGGCCCUCCGCCACGUCUCUCUGCAGACCGGGGUCAAGCAUUACGCUUCUCUCACGAGCUCCACCGGCGGCGGAGGAGGGGAGGUGGUUUAUUGUGAGGACAGCCCGAGAGCGGAGUCCGUGAAUAAUUUUUACUAUGUGUUGGAGGAUCUCCUCCGCGAGCGGCUGUCCGGCUACCGGAGAGUGGUGGCGUGGAGUAUUCUCCGACCGGGUUUGAUACUGGGUUGUUCGAACCGGACUUUCUUUAAUUUUAUGGGGAGUUUGUGUGUUUAUGGCGCCAUUUGCAAGAAGUUGAACAUGCCAUUUGUGUUCGGCGGCACGGCGGCGUGCUGGGAGGAGGUUUAUAUCGACGGCUCCGACGCUCGGCUCACGGCGGAGCAGCACGUGUGGGCCGCAACAAAAGCCGUUGAAAUAAAUGAUGGGGAAGCAUUCAACGUGUGCAACGGGUGGAGCUUCACGUGGAAAGAGAUAUGGGGGGCGGUGGCGGAGAAGCUUGGCGUGACGGCGGGGGCGGAGGACGAGAGGAUGUUUUCGCCGGAGUUUCAUUAUACGGCAGCUAUGGCGGAGAAAGGGACGGUGUGGGCGGAGAUAGUGGAGGAGGAAGGGCUGGUUGCGACGAAAAUGGGGGAGCUGGCGAAUUGGGGGUUCUUGGACAGCUUGUUUAGGCUGCCGGAAAAAAUGGUGGCGAGUCGAGCCAAGUCCGACCGGUUAGGGUUCACUGUUAAAUACAAGAUGUUGGACUCCAUCUUGUAUUGGAUUGAUGUCAUGAGACACGACAAAUUGAUUCCGUCUCCUUAA